GGCUUACAGAGGGACGGAGCGAGGGGGCAGCGGCGGCAGCGGGGGGGGGGGGCGGCGGCAGCGCCCCCUCUCGUUUCCGGGCAACGGCACCAGGAAGAGGGAUCGAUGAUGGCCGUGACUUAAUCUUCAUCAAGGCCAGAGAAAUUCUGGAACCUAAGCACCAUGGAGAACAUCAGGUCCGAGACUGAAGGACUGUAUGAGCCUAAGUCAGGUCAUCCUGAGUUGCCCAGGACUGUGCUGGGCACUAGCAGCCCUUGUGUGGUCAAUGAGUGCUCCUUCUCAGACGGUGGGGAUGGAGGAAGCAGUGUGUUCACUGGUGGCCACAUAUCCUAUAAGUGCUGCAGUUGCAAAGGCUGUCCUAGUGGAGAGGGACAAGGUUUUGAAGCAACAGAUGUGCCUCAAAAGGUUGAGAUUUCAGCUGGGGAGCAAAGUGCUAGGGAGGCUCACAUUGUUUGGAAUGGAAGCUGUGAUCAAGAUAACAGGAGCUUGUACUGCACUGGCUACAACAUGCCUGGCAAUGAAACUGGCACUUGUAAUUGUCAGGGAGACAUUUCUGAUCUUUCUGCUAUGUAUUCAGAGAAGGAGAAUGACUUGUGUGACUUCACUUGCCAGCAGUGGCCUUCUGGCUCCAAGGAGGAUACAUCAAAGCUGCUGUUAGACCAGGAAGAAGAAGUUGAGGAUGACACGUCAUCAAAGGUCAAGGAGGAAAUCCCUGAGUGCACUCGAGCUCCUGGUGGAAGGAAGGUUAUCCGGCAGCAAAGGCACCGUUCUGCUGUUAAAGACAAAGGGGAAGGGCGUUUUGCACAAUCUGGGGGGAAACAUAGGCAAGCUAGGAAGAGGAGUGAUGGUGGACGCCACCAUAUCCGAGAUGAGCUGUUGAAGCAUCUGGAGGGGUUGGCCUUGUUCUGUGUCUCCAGCUUCAAACUCUUUAUCAGCUUGAUUGUACAGGUCACCCACCGGUGUGGGGAAGGUGUGGAGGCUGGUGGAAAGCUACUGUACUCCUGCUGCUCCUUCAGCCCACGUGACCAAGAUGCCAUCCGAACCAGUGUGAAGGCUUGGAUCCAGAAUGCAAGGGUGGGCUGCAGGAAAAUGACACGACACCUGGGCACAUGGGUGACUCUGACUUACCGUCUGCUUAAGAUGUUAUGUGCUGUAAUCUUCUUGGUGCUUAUGCUUCUCCUGGGUAGCCUAAGACUUUGCUGGCGGGUCUCCAAGUCAACCCUGCUCAGUGUCCUGGGUAAAUUAGCUCACACGAGUCAUGGAGCCUGGCUUCUUUCAGCUAUUGACUUGCCUCAAAUUUGGGCCCUUUUCAAAGAAAGUAGGACUUGCAAAUGGGUAGCAGGCUUGCUGCUUAAGUGGCUUGCCCCCCUUUGGAUGCCCAAAGAACUAAGGACCAAUCAGCCAGGAGCUGCGGCUUACAAUGGUUCUCCCGGUGGAUCUGGGCCAUACCAGCCUGGUGAAGAGGUAGCACGCUUGCUGGCUCUGGUGCAUACCCCUGAAGAAGAGCUCAAUCCUUUCCAGGUGUUGGGCUUGGAGGCAACAGCAUCAGAUGCUGAAUUGAAGAGAGCCUAUCGGCACUUGGCAGUAUUGGUUCAUCCAGACAAGAAUAAGCAUCCACGGGCAGAGGAGGCCUUCAAAGUACUGCGGGCAGCCUGGGAUAUUGUCAGCAAUCCUGAGAGGAGGAAGGAAUAUGAAAUAAAGCGCAUGGCGGAGACAGAGCUGACCAAGUCAAUGAAUGAGUUUCUUUCCAAACUUCAGGAUGACCUGAAAGAAGCUAUGAACACCAUGAUGUGUAACAAAUGCCAGGGGAAGCACAAGAGGUUUGAGAUGGAUCGUGACCCACUGAAUGCCCGAUACUGCGCAGAGUGUAGCAAGUUUCAUGCAGCUGAAGAGGGUGACUUCUGGGCUGAGUCCAGCAUGCUAGGACUGAAGAUCACAUACUUUGCCUUGAUGGAUGGAAAGGUUUAUGACAUCACAGAAUGGGCUGGCUGCCAGCGAGUGGGAAUCUCCCCAGACACACACCGGGUCCCGUAUCACAUAUCUUUUGGGUCAAGGGGCUCUGGAGGACGCCAGAGAGCUGCUUCAGAUGGCAGCCCAGCUUCGGCUGCAGAACUGCAGGACUUCUUCAACCGCAUCUUCCAAGGCAAUCAUGGACAGAUGCCGAAUGGGAACUUUUUCAGCACACCUCAGCCAUCUGCCCCAGGGAGUGUGCCAACCCCUCCUGCCCCUCCAUCAAAGGUGGACAAUGCUUCCCAGAAGGGAGACUCAAAACAGAAACGGCGGAAAAAGGUGCGACGUCCUUUUCAGCGCUGAGGACAUGAUUCAGUGGGAGUGAGAUCUCCCAGGCCUGUCUGGAUGCCAGGCUCUUUGUCAGGUAGCAAAAGGGCUGUUUCAAAAGGGAAAAGUAUAUUCUUGUUAGUGUCAAAACCCCAGAUGACUCAGGCUCCUCUGGACUCAUCCAUAAUCCAGUAACUUCUGGCUGGAAAGAGGUACUCUCUUCUCCACUGCAAUCAUUGACAUAGUACCAAAGAACUCUGGUGGAAGGCCUCCUGAAAGCAUCAUAAUGAAGAUGUAGCAAGGCCACGUGAGGGUGAUGGUAGUGCCGAGCAUCCUGAACCAUGGGAUCUAAUGCAAGAUGGCUUCUAUUAUUGUUCAGCCUUCCCUCUUCAGCAGGAGUAUGACUACCACCAAUGCUGUUAACAAAUUGUUUUUCUGUUGUCCACAAGGAUGCCUCAACCAGAACCCCUUCUGAUUUACUCCACUCGACCUGCUAUCAUCAGCCUUUUAGCUCAUCUGGGACUUGGAGAAAAGUUGAGUCUUACAGAAUGGUUUUAAAUGCCCAGGGAAGCCUUGGCCUGUAACAGUUUUUAAACUCUGUAGGAAAUACCCCCCGCCCCCCCAAUUGUUGCACAAGAUCAGCAACUAUCUUCUUAUCUCAUGGUGGGGGUGUUCUACCAACUCCGUUAGAAGAGAUGAAGGGAUCUUUCUCCCCACCUUGCUAGAAAAUAUUGAUUCAUUGCCUACCAUGCAAAGGAACCCAUCAAGAACCCCCAACUUAGUGAAGUUAUGAAGAGAUGAAGAUACACCCCCUAGCUAUUCUUACAGGGGCUGCACAAACAGAGUGCAGAUUCUCAGGAUUAUGCCAAGCAGGCUUUUGAGUCUCAAAUGUUGCGUGGUUGUGUUGCAAGACUAUUGAGAUGAGGUGUUAUGCACCACCCCAUGGUUAAAGAGCCAAUGGCCACUUCUGGCUCUGAAUGCAAAGUGACUCUGAGAGAUCUAAGUCCCUGUCUUUUCUUAGGCACUUGGAUCACUCUUUCCUGAUCCUGGCAAGCACAUAGGUUGUCUAUGCUAUCCCAGGGCUUUGGUCAAGCCAGUUAAGAAACUGGUCGAUUAAGCCCCAAGAUUUAGCAUGGACAGUCAGCUCUGUAACUGUCCAGCCUGUUUUAUUGAAGGUUACUUUUUUAAAGAAUUCAUAUUUGUAUGUAUAUGCAUAUAUUUAAUACUAUGUCUAUUCCCCUUUCUAUAAAUACAUAUAAAUGCCUUGGA